AUGUCAAACCUCACCAAGCUGAACCAUGCGGCCGGCAUCUUCGCCGACAUGUCGGUCGAUGGGCCAGCCAUUGGCACCCUGGUCGCCAUCAUUGACCGUGCCAAAAACCUUCCGAAUCGCAAAACCAUGGGCAAGCAGAACCCCUACUGCGCGGCUCGCCUUGGCAAGGAAGCUAAGAAGACACCGACGGAUCUGCGGGGUGGACAAACUCCCAGAUGGGAUUAUGAACUCCGCUUCACGGUGCAUGAGUCACCAGACUACUACAAGCUCAAAGUGUCCGUGUUCAAUGACGACAAGAAGACCGACCUGAUUGGAGAGACCUGGGUCGACCUGCAAACCCUCAUCAUUCCAGGCGGAAGUCAAAACGACCACUGGCACCAUCUUCAGUGCAAAGGCAAAUAUGCUGGGGAUAUUAGGAUUGAAAUGACCUACUACGACACCCGUGAACAAGAUGAGGGAGUGAAGAAGCGUCGGGAGAGGGCUAAGGAAAAGGCCGAGGGCAAGGUAAGCCCCGCGUCUAGCUCUGGUUUCUCGGGUCCCAGACAGCUUAAAAGACGUCCGCUACCGACUGAUCCAUCUGGCGCCCCUGCUCCGAGACCACUGCCAGUGGAACAGCCUGUCGUCGCUCCUGCGCUGCAUCAUCCGAUGCCCUCGAGACCGCCAGUGCAGGAUCAUGCCCAAACCAUGGCCACACCCCUACCACCGAGUAACACAGACGCCCUUCUCUACACUCCACCAGAAACUGCUUACGACAAUCCGUCAUAUAACACGCCGUCCUCUGCCAUGCAGACACAGGGAGCAUACGAUGCCCCCGAUAGUUAUCAACAAAAAUGGGACAAUCCAGCCCCGACUCAGGCCCUUCCUCCUGCGGGCACAAUGAGACACAACACCAACGAAGCACCCUAUUCCUACAGUGAUAAAUCCGAGCCUCAAUAUCACUCCCACCCUCCCCGCCAAAUGCGCAGUCAUUCCGACUAUGAUCAGCGCCCCCCUUCUCAAGAUUAUCGCACAACAUCUCAGGAACUAGAUUAUGAGAAUAAUACGCAUGGAAGAAGUCCGCAUGAUGCGUACAGCGUGGUUUCUCCUCAGUACAGUGCCAACCCUAUGACAUUUGGACAUCCGCGCAUGAUGAAGGCACUGCCUGCGCCGUACCAUCCUGAAUAUGCCACCAUGCAGCCCCGAGUGGAAGAUGAAGAUGAAGAUGCACCCCCUCCUCCACCUCCAGUUCAUCGCUCCAGAAUGGCGCAGCCGGCUUCUCCCGCCCAGCCGCCGGUUGGCCAGUCACCAUCUCCUUACACACCAUACAGCCCUGGGUACACCAGCAAUACAUCCUCCAUGCCAGCGAGCUUAGUGGCUGGGUAUGAAAGCGAAGAACACGAUAGAGUGUUCGAAGGCCGAAAUAGCCGGAAGAACAGCACCAGCCACUUAGAAGACGAAAUGAUGAUUCCCGAGCCCCUGGCUCCAUCACCCGCACCGGUACCGACCUCGAUGCCUGCACAGGCAUCUGUUCCGAUUCCUAUGCCAUAUGACCCCCGGUGUAUCCCCUCCGAACAUCUCCUCAGCCUAUUGAUGACCGUCCAAGCUCUAUACGGAGUCGAGGCGGCUCAUGCCCGUACAGGAUCUUCGGUCCCGUUCUCUCCUGAUUUUUAUAACACUCUCAACCCGCAAGCUUCACGAUCUAUCACUAGCCGAGAGCCGUCGCCGGCCUACGAGACUCCUUCCCAGGCCCGGGACGCAGCAGUGCGAUCAGAGGUUACACCUGUCCGGGAUCUAGAUCAGCCUAUUAUUGGUGAUGACGGUCGUGAGAUUGAUCCUUCAGAUCACCUCCCGACAGACACAUGGGCUCCCGAGCCAGAGAGAAAGAGCAGGAAACCUGAGGUGAUUAUUCGCUUCAAGCACUCUGCCCGGCCUACUUCUCGAGGCAAUGACACAGCUUCUCGCUCUGGUCCCCCGCCACGAGUUGGAUUCAGGACCACUGAUUCGGAUCGCCCGAGCAUGAAGUACACUACAACCCAUAUACACUCCACUCACGAGUCCGUUGACCGGACGCCUCCCCGAGCCGAUCGUGCAAUUGACAGCUACGGCAGCUACACUCACAGCCGGAGCUAUAAUACCCCCACUUCCGCCGAAAGGCCACGAUCUUCCCGAGGCUCCGUCUCCCCCUCUCCGGGUUCUCGCUCCCCUCUGUAUGAUUACAGCCCCGGCCCCCCUAUUCCAUCCAAAGUACCGAUCUCGAGCGGCUCUCCGGGAUAUCCGGUUGCAGUGAGCAAUCCUCACAGCGGAAACCCGGGUAUGGAUGCCCUCAGUCGAGAACUGAAAAGCAUCGACAUUGGGUCGGUUGCAUGCAGCCCAAGUCGAGCCGUGCGGAAGUAUGCACCGAAGCCAUCGGCCACGAUGGGAUAUGCUCGUUGA